AUGAGUGCCGUCAUUGCCCUUGGUAUAUACAUUCUUGUCAAAGUGGACGAAUUGCAAGAUGUUGAAGGCAAAACGUCAAUCGCCCCUACGUCCCCUCCGAUUUGUCCCGUCACACCAUCAUCGCCUCGCCCGGACCCAUUGAUACCUGCGAUUUACCCUCCGCCAUACGAAUUUCCUUUUGAGCACUUCCGUGGGACAGGCGAAUCUUUCGUACCAUCUCGCCAAAACUUUCAUGUCAAACGCCCACGAUACAUUCAUCCAGUUAUCUACAAAGGCAGCGCUUUUUUGGAAACUGUCGAGGAUGUGCGAAGGCCAGACGAAGGCGUCUCGGUGGUCGCAGAAGACGCUGAGCCUACUGGCACAAUCAAAGCAGACCUUGCUGGGACGCAAGAAUACACCCUUUCGCCCCCAUAUAGGAACAACAGAUUGCCCUCGCUCCCGGAAACGGUGAGUACCCAAACUCCUCUCCAAAUCCCACGUCUCCCUAAACCCCCGAGCCCUACGACCCUACGGGUGAACGCCCUGAAUCGGGUUGCCCAAGAAGAGUAUAAGAUUCAGGAGCAGAUGGUCAUUUUUCUCAACACGAUCCCCACUGGCUCGGGAUAUGAGCUCUCAGCUUCUCUGAUACUAGACUUUCUAUGUGAAGCAAAGAAAUAUCUGGAGCCACUCUUUCCAGGUGAGUUGAGUGGUAUUACCAAAGGUUAUCUCGUGUGGGGAAAAUCAAUCAUCGAUUUCUGGGACACCCUCUCGCCAUACGGCUGGGAUUUUGUUCAUUACCCAGACAGCAGGUUUGGUCUAGAAGAACUGCUAAAAGAGUUCCUGUUCGUGCCGCCGUUUAUUCCUGAGCCUGAGCCCAUUCAUGAGCCGUUCCUUGAGCCGUUCCUGGAGCCUGUUAUGACUACUGCUGAGGCCAAGCCUCAGUUCCAAGAGCAAAUGAGAGUGGCUCAAGUCUUUUCCUUCGCCGCACCACCACCGCCACUACAGCCAGAGCAUUCUGCUCCACAGCUGGACUCCGCUCCGGCUACCUAUACAUAUACGAUGUCAGCGGUUCCGAUGAACUUCUCGUACCGGAAGUCUAGUCAGAGGUCCUAUCCACCACCACCACCACAACAAGAGCAACAUGCUCCACUCAGCUUCAAAUACAUCCUACCAUCAAAUCCUGUAAACCCCUCCUACCGAAGGAGCAACAGAACAUCCAAACCACCACUACCAAGGUCAUCACGACCCUCGCAGCCACUCAAAAACCAAGUUGCCGAGCCACCUAAUCUCACUCCAGUCGACCCCAACCUCAUCGACUUCAAAGACCCAAAGUGGUCCAACAAAUCCACCCCUGAACUCACUGCACUACCUUGGUCCUCCUUCUCCUUCCCCAGCCCCAGCGCCGCAGCCCUAAAAAUAUGGUCCUACUCCACCAUGAGCCGUCUCGUGCUCCCCGAACCUCGCACAAAAGACCUUCCCUCAGAAUACAUAAAAUCGCACCUCGAAACUGUAGCCCUCGAGUUCAAACACGCCACCGCCGUUCUCCGGCUUCAAGCUCUUGACUGCGACAAGCCGUGCGAGGACGACUUGGGGAUGUCGCCGUUGUUCGGAGAAGUCAUGUCGCUGAUGGUGCAGGCGGCGGAUUUCACGGAGCGAUGCGAUGAGUUGUGUGUCUGGUAUGCGCGGGAUAGUUGGUACCAUGAUUGUUUUUUUGUGCGAUGCGGUGGCUGGGGAUGAGAAGUUUUGGGAGGCGCUUUGUAGGUAUUAUGGACAAGGGAAGUAUAAGCCACUUAUGAAAGCGUGGAAGCAGGGGAGUGUGGAGUGG